UGUGUAUUCUUCUUCCUCGCCGCAGCUGAACCUCCGAAGACAUCCGCCAUGGGGAGAAGACCUGCAAGAUGUUACCGUCAGAUCAAGAACAAGCCAUACCCGAAGUCCAGGUAUUGUCGUGGUGUCCCUGAUCCUAAGAUCAGGAUCUAUGAUGUGGGAAUGAAGAAGAAGGGAGUGGAUGAGUUCCCAUUCUGUGUCCAUUUGGUUAGUUGGGAAAAGGAAAAUGUCUCCAGUGAAGCACUUGAAGCUGCCCGUAUUGCUUGCAACAAGUACAUGACCAAGUUUGCUGGAAAGGAUGCCUUCCACUUGAGGGUCAGGGUUCAUCCAUUCCAUGUUCUGCGUAUCAACAAGAUGUUGUCGUGUGCUGGGGCUGAUAGGCUCCAAACUGGUAUGAGGGGUGCUUUUGGUAAGCCACAGGGAACCUGUGCUCGUGUUGCCAUUGGUCAAGUACUUCUCUCUGUGCGUUGCAAGGAUUCCAACAGUCCCCAUGCUCAGGAAGCUUUGCGUCGUGCCAAGUUCAAGUUCCCAGGUCGCCAAAAGAUCAUUGUUAGCAGGAAGUGGGGCUUUACUAAGUUCAGCAGGACUGAUUAUGUUAGGUGGAAGCAAGAAAACAGGAUUGUUCCUGAUGGUGUCAAUGCCAAGCUUCUUGGCUGCCAUGGACCAUUGGCUAACCGUCAACCUGGAAGAGCCUUCUUGGAAGCAACCUCUUAAGAGUGUUUAAUUAAAGUACCUUCUUGUCUGGUGUUUAUUGUAGUACUUUGCGAAUGAGAUCAGAGGCCAUCUGGCCAGAUUAUAGUUUUGCAAGUUUCCUUUAUUUUAUGUCAGAUUUUAAAAUUUUUAGUUUAUGGUACUUAAAAUGGAUUGAUUCUAAGUUCUAUUAUGCUAUUGGUUCUGCAUUUGGUAGUGUUCUAAAAUUUGGUUUGCUCACUAACUAUUUUGAAUGAGGUAAAGCUUUGGAUAAUCUUGCUUGGCCUGCUACUUCACGUUGCCUAAAAUUAUAAGAGCUAAACUUGGGUUGAUGUUUUUUUUUUUUGGUUUUUUUCCCCUUGCAUUGUUCUACAAAUUUUAAUUAGUUCAGGGUCAAUAGAUUAGAAUCGAUUUGAGUGGCCCUUUUAUCAUACGAAACUGCAGAAUGUCUUUGUUAUAACCUCUACCUCCUCCCUGGGUUCUUUUAUCGAUCCACGACUAAUAAUAAAACCGAAACUGGGGUUUGUCGUAUUUCUGGUGAAGGAAGUUCCAACAAAUAUGUGGAAGUUUAAGAUGGCAAGAAGCAUUUGCAUAUCCAAUAUACCUUUGUUUUUCAACAUUUCUACCACAUGUUAUCACCAGACGCGGGAGCAUACUAGAUGCUGGCAAAAGAUUUGACACAUUAGCUAUCUAAUUGUUCUAGCAACAAAAUCUUUUCGGACUUCCAUCUGUUUGAGAUGCAUGCUUGUUACAUAGUACUUCGCAUUCUGGGUGGAGAUAUCACUUCAGACGGUUGCUCCUCCUCCUUCCUAAAGCAACCGAGGGAUCAUCUGUUUUAGAUGGCGUAGAAUUUUUCUUUGGUUUGCUCGGUUCAUAUUUCUCUGACGCCGCUAAAUUUUUCUUCGACUUGUUCUCUUUAUCUGUCGUGGUCCCUAUUGAAUUUCUCAAUUUUUUCUUUGGCUUGCUGUCCUCAGUUUUUUGGCCUUUCACCUUCUUUGCUUCUUCUCCAUCAUCACAAGCACCACUGUCCUCAGGAGUUGAACAAUCAAAAGCUCUGACGAUGUAAACCUACAAAACAGCAGAAACAGUUCCUUAAAUACAGCCACGGUUCAUUUUUCUGAUGAACAAAGCUUAUACGCAUAGUGCUAUCAACAAAGAAGCCCGGAUAGAGAGGUACUUCUAAGUUGGAAGACUGCACCAUUUUGCAAUUAAAACUUAACAAACAGUGCCAUCAAAUAUAGUUAUGCACACAUCAGAGAUACAAUCGAGCAAACCUUGAAUCUUGUUGGUUCAGUCAAUUCAAAAACCAAAGCAUCACCAUCAUCCAGUUUAUGCUCCAGGGCAAAAGCUCUCCAUCCACCACUAAGACCAACUCUAUGGCUUAUGUAAACUGCCUCAUACUCUGCACCUUCUUCAUUCACUAGUACCAUAUCCGUAGUUGACUUGGGCAAGUGUUCCUCACAAAACCGAGAAGGAAGGCCC